CCCACUAACACGUUUAUUUUCUACGCUCCCUAAAAACAAAAAGUAGUUUUUACUCUUAUAAUUUUAUACGCAAUUUCACUUUUGUGUCAGCUAUCGAUUACCAAGUGCUCGUGGCUUGAAUUUGUAACUCAUCAUGAUACGAAUGGAAAACGUAUAUCGCACGGGAAGCGGGAAAAACUCGUGCAGUUCUUCGCGUCGCGAGAUCCUUGCUUGGGUGAAUAAAAGCCUUGACGUGAAUGUCGAGCGGUUGGAGGACCUCUGUUCCGGUGCGGAAUAUUGCAGGCUGCUCCACAAGCUCCGUCCUUCGGCUAUUAACUUGAAGAAGGUCCUGAUGUCCACAAAAGCCCAGCGUGGCUUUAUCCACAAUAUGAAGUUGCUGCAGAAGAGCCUUUUGAGUCAGGGCGUGAAGAAGCAAAUACCCAUUUAUCGCCUAGUUGAUGGUGGUUACCGCGAGAACCUAGAGUUUGCCCAGUGGUUCAAGAGCUUCUACGAUCACAACUACUUGCUGCUGAAGGAUGAAAAUGUCCAAGAAAAAAAGGAUGGUGUUAUAGUCUUGGUCAAGCCACGUAACAUAUCCCAAAUGAGGAAAUCCUCUGACAAGAAGGAACCCAUGAAAAAAGCCAAUGAAAUUUUGGAAAAUAUUUCUGAGAAUACCAAUGCCGAACAACAUUUCACAGAAAGUGAUGAUUCUACUGAAAGUUCUGAGGAUAGCGCAAGGACCAGAAGAGAACAACAUUCAUGUUCGUAUGCUAAUGGAGCUUCAAGAAAGCCUAAUGCCCGGUCAAGGAUGCGAGGAUCAUACUCAAAACAAACCAGCGGGACUUCCACGGAACUUAGUGACAUUUCAAGUGUUGGCAGCAAUGAUUCAAGUGUGGGCAGCAAUGAUUCAAGUGAUUUUACUUCAAAUUCAGAAGAGAAUGGAAGACGUUCCAGAAACUCAAAUGGGUACUCAAGAAUGUUGGAAGAAAGCCAGAGUGAUUCCAGUGGACAUUCAAUAGAACUUGAAAGCUAUUGUGGAUGCAGGACAUGUGAAAAGGGGCGAAAGAUCGCAAAACAACGCACAAUUCCUUUAACGCGGUUCCGUCUAAGAGAAUUUUUCGGUUCGGGAAAUUCUUCACCAAUACUAAAGUGCUCACGACAGAGGGUUCCCAACGUUUUUCAAAUAGGCGCCUGGAUUUUAGAGGUUCCAGUUCAACAAUUUUCCGACAGACCACGUCGUAAAGCUAAGAUCUUUAAAUCGCUUUUUGUCAAAGAGGCGAUAAAGUGGAAAUGCAAUGCUCUCAAAGGUGCACAAAUGAAUGUAAGUUCUCCAAACGCAGAAACGAAUUCCACUCCUUUGAUCAACAAUUCCAGCAAGGACCUUUUCCCACAACAACUUUCUUUAAAUGAAACGAUCGAGAAACUAAUGGGUGUACUUUUUAAUGGAAUAGAAUUGAAUUUGUCGGCAUCUACCUCCAAAGGCGUAACAACAAAAAAGAAAACUGAAGUUUUGUCAACACUUAAAAAAUAUUUAAGUUUUAAGGUAAUGAAAAGUCUGACGAACAAUAAGCAGUGGGAAUCGGAAACUUCUCCGAAAUGGGAUAAAACUGAAUUGGCGGAUUCAGUAGGUUCAAAAUGCAAUUUAAUAGGAAAGGUGGAGGAUAACAGUGCUACCGAAGAACUACCACUAAAUCAAGAAGCUGUCCCCUUAUUGGAGGAAAUUAUAUUGACCCCCGAUAUGAAUAAAAUCGAUUUUGGCUUGGGAGUAGUAGAUAUUCCAUCUACAACUGAUAACGGGUCUUCAAAGUCGGCUAGUGAGUGUCCCAUAUCCCCACUUUUGACGGGCAGAUGUGUUUCGGCCGAAGAGGCGAAAAAUAAUUUGGUCGAUUGGAAAGACCAUCAUUUGGAAACACCUUCUUUAAAAAUACCCGAAAGCAAUCUUCAAAGCUCACAAACAGCAAAUGAUAAAUAUUCUCUUCAAACCAUACCAAAAUCUUUUAUGAAAGUUGAAGUUUUACCACUUCCUGAAGACAGUUCUGCAAAAGCCAAAAACCUGAAACCAAAAGAAGUAAGUUUAGUAAAAACUGAAAUUCCAUUUGUCAGUGUUGUGGAUACUAAAGAACCAAGCAAGCAGGAUCAAAGUUAUUUUCUAAAAGCACCAGGACUUACUAAAGAAUGUCCUGCUUUACUAAUUACUGAAAAUUCCGAAAUUCAGUCUAGCGAACAUUCAAACGAAAAUCGAACCAAACGCAGAUGUCAAAACUCAAAAUGGGAAAUCAAAACUGUCCCAAGAUCUCGAGAAGAAAACCUACCAAUCUUAUUAUCAAUUUCCAAAGACUUUGCAAAAAAAAACAUGGUCGAAACGGUCAAAAUGUUUAAUGACCCGUUUAUCGAGCACUGCAAAAAGUUGCAUUGCAAGUUAAAUAUUGUUCAAUCCAAGAUAAUGGACCUUAGAAGUCGAUUCCAAGAGUACCAGCAGUUACAUAAAACAGAUCUGGUUGGCUUAGCCGCAAUAAAAGGCGAUGUAGGGAAAAAAGAACCUUUGAAUUCGAAUUUGCACUCUGAAAAUUUUGGAAAAGUUUGGGGUGAAAAAUUCUACAAGAAAACCUCAAAGAAGAACGAUCGUCGCCCAGGCUAUGGAGGUGUUCAGAAACGUAAACGCAGUCUGAAAAGUAAAAUAAAGCCCUGGAAGUAUUGGACCAGGCAGGGAAAAGUACCCAGUAUGUCGGAUUCAGUGAAAGAUGAUCAAUGGAAUAAGGACAAUAACAAGGAAAAUUUAGAUCAGGCGAUCGCCUUGAACACUUCCUCUAAAUCAAUGAAUAAAGACUUUUCCUCCGAUGAUCAGUGGGAUAAUGCCAAUACUGAGAAUUUAGAUCAAUCGAUCGCUCUGGUAAUAAAAGCCAUCCGAAAUAAGAUCGACACUAUUCAAUCAAUAGGGGGAAAAGUGGCGUUCUACCGCAAUAAGAUCAAUCGUAUUAAAUUCCUCUGUACCCACGUACCAGGCACCAAUAGUAACGACAUUAUCAACAUUUUGCGAGAAGAGGAGGAAAUAUUACCCGAUUUAAGUGUUGAAUACAUAUAAAUUUUGUAUAUAUUUGUAAUGUGUAUUUAUAUUGUUUCAGCCAUUUUGAACAAUAGUUUUCCCAAGACCAAAAAAAAAAUCCUAAAAAUCUGCUUGAAAAUUUAACGAAAAUAAAUUUAAAAAUCCAUCCCCGA